AUGUCAAACUCAAUAAUACAACUUCUAGCUUCUGACAAAUUUAAUGGAGAGGGUUAUUCCAACUGGAAGUCAAAUUUAAACACAAUAUUAGUAGUUGAUGAUCCGAGGUUUGUGUUAACGGAGGAAUGUCCUCCUAUUUCCAAUUUGACUGCAAACCGAAGCUUUCAAGAUGCUUAUGAUAUGUGGGUAAGGGUAAAUGAAAAGGCAAGGGCCUAUAUUUUAGUGAGCAUAUUCGACGUGUUCAACAAGAAGCAUGAAGCCAUGCCCACAACCCAUGAAAUUAUGGCCUCAUUACAGGAUAUGUUCGAGCAACUCUCAUCUUCUAUUCGACACGAGGCUAUAAAGUAUGUUUAUAACUCAGGCAUGAAAGAUGGAACCAAUAUCAGGGAACAUGUUCUAGACAUGCUGGUUCAUUUUAAUGUCGCAGAAGCUCACAGGGCUACCAUAGAUGAAACUAGUCAAACUUAUCAGUCAAUGAUGAAAUUGAAAGAGAGUGAAGCAAAUGUUGUUUCACGACAAAAGAAAUUUCUGAAGAGUUCAUUGUCAAGAACAAAACCCCCUGGUAGAAAGAAAAAUGGUGGUAGCUGGACUUCUAUCUUGUGUUCUAGAGGCUUAAAGGUGGACGCAACUUCUGGGUUCAUCUGCUCGGGCUCUUUUGAAUUAUAA